UUGGGGGCACGGCGCUUAGCCUGGCACCGUCAGAGCCGGGCGAGCUGUGAGCUUGUCUCCGUUCUCUUUGCCCUUACGUAAGGUGGCGGCGCGGCCUUCCGCCCCUGGGGGCGGGCGGCGAUGGCGCCUGCGCGUUGAGGCGGCGCAGCCCCUUUUUGUGCGGCGCUGAGGCGGCGCCGCGGCCUCUCCUGCCGGGGAUGGAGGACGGCGGCGGGGCGGGAGCGGCGCCCCCGGGGCCCCCCGCGGGGCUCUCGGCCUCCCAGCGGCGGGCGGAGCUGCGGCGGAGGAAGCUGCUGAUGAACUCGGAGGAGCGGAUCAACCGCAUCAUGGGCUUCCACCGGCCCGCGGCGGGCAAGGAUGAUGAAAGUCACGUAGAAUCAAAACUUCAACAUGAGCAAGAUAAAUCAAAUUCCCUUCCUCUUCCUUCUGUUUCGAAGCGAAUCGUGCUUGGCGAUUCUGUCUCUAAUGUGUCUGGAACAGCUGACCACGCAGGCAGCGUGGGAGACCUCAAAGGGGAUAAGGACUUGUUCAGUCAAACUCCGCAGCUUGUCAGUGAGGGUACAGGCGAGCUCCGUCACCGUAACAGAGGGGAACUGCCAUCCGAAGCCGCACCACGGCCACCUAGACAUGGAUUAGAACAGUACUUAUCCAGAUUUGAUGAAGCUCUGAAGCUGAGGAACCAGCUGAUGCAUGAGAAGCCAAGCCAAGAGAAUGGGAACGCAGUGGAGGAGUUUGAUUCCUUCCGCAUUUUUAGAUUAGUGGGAUGUGCUCUGCUUGCCGUUGCAGUAAGGGCUUUUGUGUGCAAGUACUUGUCAAUAUUUGCACCAUUUCUUACUCUACAACUCGCUUACAUGGGACUAUCCAAGUACUUUCCAAAGUGUGAGAAGAAGGUGAAGACAACAGUGCUAACUGCUGCUCUUCUACUGUCUGGAAUCCCCGCAGAAGUGAUCAGCCGCUCUAUGGACACCUACAGCAAAAUGGGAGACGUUUUCACAGACCUCUGUGUCUAUUUCUUUACUUUUAUCUUUUGCCACGAACUUACUCUGUUCUUCGGCUCUGAAGUACCAUGAUGGCUGUAGAGUUCGAUGCAGUACCUACACUAAAGCUUUCUGGUCUGUAUGCCUUUAACAUCUGGCAGGUUUAAACCUUAGUUAAAAUUCUUUCCUGUUUUUGAAUGCUUGAAAGGAGCCUUAAAUCCAGUCAUUUGGGAGAUGGAACAGCAAGGUCCCAGGCUGCCAGUUGUAUUAGUUUGGUUUAUUUAAAUACUGUAUCCGCCCACUAAAAAUGUGAAGAAUAGAAUGCAAGUGUCACUGGAUGAUUUGUUCAGUAAGAUGAUGCCCUUCUCACCUCCUUCAUAACAAUUUACAAAGCUGCCUUUGUUCCUUGUGGUGAGAGCAAAGAUAAUUCCUUUCAGCAGAACCACACACAGACAUUAUAUAUAUAUAUAUAUCUAGUACUAUUACAGCUAACAAGAACUGUUCAUUUUGUGUUGCUCCUGUUUUUAAAGAAAGCUCUAAAUGAAAGAAAUCCCUGCAUUUUGUUGUUCUAAUUCAGACUGUCAAACUAAGUAGCUGCUUCUGGAGAAUGUUGGCAAAACACGCCACUGUUGUCCUAAACCUUGCCUUACAUACAUUGUUGUGAUUGUGGUUAAUUUCAUUUGAUGAUUAUAGGCCAAAACAGCUAAGCAAAAAAAAAAAAAAGAAAAAAAAAUCACCCACCCUCCUGUUGUUGUUUACAAGUGUCAUUAAGCAAAAAGUAGGAAGAAACAGAAUUGUUGGAAUCGUUCAUCUCAUCUGUUUGUGAGUUCCCAGCAGCCUAACGCUUGCGUAGCUCACUUGUGUGUGUGCUUUUUUCUAAACAAAUGAACAAACCAACUCACCUCGGGAGGGGGAAGUUGCAUAGACUGGCCACCAAGCUGCAAUAUCAAACAUUUGUCUGUUACACAUAAAAAUAGCUUUUUGUGGGACUGCGACGGCGUAAGGCAGUUUUUUUCCUUCAUUACCUUGAUACCUUCAUUAUCAACCAGUUGCAUGUAAACAGAAUUAUAAUUGCCUAGAGCUGUGCUACUGCUGUACAACAGUACUACAACCCAGUUGUGUAAGUAGGGUCUUUGAAUCAGCAGACCUGUGGAUGUUCACUGAGUUGCUCACUGUUCCCUUAAGUGUUUUUGAAAUUGCCCCAGUGAAAUCAUCUGAGCUAUUCCUCUUUUAAAUCCUAUGCACUGCACGUGACAAUGAAAUAUAAACUGCUGUUUUUUAAUUGACUCCCACGUAAAGAUCUAUGUAUAAAGAGGGAAAGCAUAUUUUUUUCUGUGGAUGUCAGCCAUGUGGCUGAAAAGAAGACAAACACAAGUGAAUCCUGGCUGAAGUAGCAGGCUAGUGAAUGUUCUUGUUUGCCAUUAUAAGAAUUUUGGUGAGGGGGGAAGUGUCAUUCCAAAUAGCCAGCCUUAAACACUGCUGAUCUGUGAAAAGCUGAAGGUAAACUUGGCAUUAUUUUGCUUUGUAGUUUACUGGUUAGAAUCGAGACACUGAGAUAACAUGAGCUAAUGCCCUUGUUUUAGUUUAGAGAAACAUCUAGCUACCUUGUUGUUUGCAGAGCUUUUUUAGGGAGCAAAAGCGCUUGAUUAUCUUUAUUUAACACACGUGGCCCUGCUUUCUGUGUAGUCUUUCCUGUUAAAGAUUCCUGCUACGAUUUCAGCUCUGAAUUUCAGGCUCUUGAAUUCGAUGUGUUUGUGGCAUGGCAGCUUCUGUAUUGUUUUGACCGUUUUGUUGGGUUUUUUUACUGAUUAUUUUACAGUGAAUGUUGUAUGGUGUCCAGGGCUGGGCUGUAGAAGCUUCUGACUUAGACCUGCUAGCACAAAUAUAAAUAAAGCUUCUGAAGUGGGCAGGAAAUUCACCAAAUUGAAAUAGCUGACCUGAAAAAUAUAAGAUGUUAUAGUGAGAUUGCCUAAAAGUCACCAUUGUUCUCGCCCUCUAUAUGCCCAAGUGUAAUACAUAUAAAUGGCAAAAAUACCAUCUGAACAAAGGCAGUGAACUUUUAAUCCUAAUCACCUAGAUAAUCACAAAAAAGGUGACCAUGCCUUGUAGGUUCAGUCAACCUCUUAUGCAGUCCUGCUGUACAAAGAAAGAUUACCCAGGUUAUUUAGCCAAAUGCUGAAAGGAAACGUGGCAGGAGAGCAGAAAUGGAGCUCUGCAGUCUGCAAGUGCACGUUGUUGCCUGGUGGGCUCCCAGGUGGGACCGGAACGUGGACUUCGUUGUGUGUAGGGAUGGGAAGGAGCUCGUUGGGGCUUCCCGUGAGCGACUCCUCAUCUUAGGCCAAGAAAUGAAUCUCCUUCAUUCCGUUUUAACUUCUCUUUGUUUAUGUACGUUGUUUCAUGUAUAUUGCUGAACCGAUUGUUUUCUAUUAAAAGUAAAUUUGUUACCCCCUUC